GUGCUUUCAUAGCUAUUGAUACCAACACAGCAGCAUGGCGAAUAGACAACGGGCUGAGACUUUGUCUCAGUUAUCAAUGAGGACGCAAACAUCAUGCCUUGGAGUCCUGUGGAUUUUAUUUAUUGCAUUAUUUCAUGUAGCAAAGGCCAAUAAACAAGCAUUCAUCCAGUCAGACACAAUUUUAGAGGUGCUACAUUUUGGUGAAGGCAGCCUCCUGGAGACAGAGUCUGACCUUGAUUUUAGUUCAUAUCAUCAAAAAAGCUCGUCCUUCCACCGGGGGAACUUCAGGCCCAUGCGCUUUGAGCCGCCCAUGUUGGACUUCCAUGAGCAGCCUGUUGGGAUGCCAAAAUUGGAGAAGGUUUACUUGCACAAUCCUAGCUCAGAAGAAACUAUCGUUUUAUUAUCAAUAUCAGCUGCAACAGCACAUUUUCAUGCAUCUUUUUUUGAGAGUAGGAUAAUUCCUCCAGGGGGAAACACGUCGUUCGACGUCGUCUUUUUAGCCCGAGUAGUGGGGAACGUGGAAAACACUUUAUUUAUUAACACGUCGCACCAUGGAGUAUUUACAUACCAGGUGUUUGGCGUGGGAAUCCCCAACCCCUACAGACUGCGGCCAUUCAUCGGGGCCCGGGUCCCCGUCAACAGCAGCUUUUCACCGCUCAUAAACAUCCACAACCCACACAGUGAGCCAUUGCAGGUUGUGGAGAUGUAUGCCAGUGGAGGAGACCUGCACUUAGAGCUGCCCACGGGGCAGCAGGAAGGCACUAAACAGUUAUGGGAGAUUCCGCCGUUCGAGACCAAAGGGGUGGUGAGGGCCAGCUUCUCCUCGCGGGACCCGGACAACCACACGGCCUUCAUCCGGAUCAAGACCAACGGCUCCAGCGAGGAGGAGUACAUCAUCCUGCCCGUGGAGGUGGAGGUCACGCCCGCACCUGGGAUAUAUUCUUCCAUAGAGAUGCUAGACUUUGGUACAUUGAGAUCACAAGAUCGACCAAAACAGUUGAAUUUACACCUCCUAAAUUCAGGAAUAAAAGAUGUACAAAUAACAAGUGUCCGGCCGACACCAUCAAAUGAAGCAGUCACGAUAAACUUUAAUAAGUCAGUCACCCUGAAAGCAGGAGGAAAAAAAUAUACCAAAGUUGCGACUAUAAGCUUUGACGCAUCGAAAACCAGAAGACCAACUCAGUUUUCGGGUAAAAUAACGGUAAAAGCGAAAGAGAAGAGCUACCCCAAACUGGAAAUUCCCUACCAGGCUGACGUUUUAGAGGGGUACCUGGGGUUUGACCACACAGCCACCUUGUUCUACAUUAGAGACAGUCCCACGGACCCAGUGGAGAGGCCCAUCUUACUGACCAACACCUUCAACUUUGCCAUCCGCAUCCACAAUGUCUCCUUACCAGAGGAUGCCAAGGUCAUGUUCAAGAUCCAGAACUUCAGCAGGCCGGUUCAGAUCCCCCCGCACAAGUCCCGCUACGUUUUCUCCCUCCUCUUCCGCCCCGUCAGGCCCUCCACCCACAUCGACAGCAACAUCCUUCUCAUCACCAACGCCUCCAAGUUCCACCUGCCCAUCUGGGCCUACACUGGCUUCCUGGAGCCGCUCGUCCUGCCUCCCAGUCCAGAGGAGCAGCUCCUGGACUUCAGCGUGCUCAGCGCCUCCGACGUCGGGAGCAUUACGUUCGCCAUCAUCAACAGCAACCCCAUCGAGCUGGAGAUCAAGUCCUGGCAGGUCACGGGGGACGGGCUGUCCGUGGAGCUGCUGAAGUCGGAGCGGGGGAACAGAACCACGGUGCUGGCGAGGAAGAGAGAGCUUCAGAACGCGCCCGCGAACGACCAGAAGACCGUGAUCCUGGCCUCCGGCUACUACGCCACGUUCAGGGUGACGCUGGUGGCCCGGGACCUGCAGGGCAAGCACGAGGGCGCCGUGCACAUCAGCACAGAUUACGAGAUAUUAACGAUACCGGUGAAAGCGGUCAUAGCCGUGGGCACGCUGGUCAGCACGCCCAAGCACAUCGUCCUUCCAGCCUCCUUUCCGGGGAAGGUGGUGCACCAGGCCCUGAGCGUGCUGAGCUCCUUUACCCAGAAGGUGAAGCUGCUGCAGGUCCGCUCCCUCACAGACGACCCCCGCUUCUACCCGAAGAGGCUGAGGAGCAGCAAGGACGAGCUGGAGCCCAAGCGCAAGUCGAAGGUAGCAAAUAUUUAUUUUGAUGCUAGUUCACAAUGUGGGGACCACUGUUAUGUUGGAUUGCCAUUUCAGAUGAAAUCUGAGGCUAAAUCGACUGCCUUCGUGAUGCAAGAGGAUAAGUGGGAUUCAGAUGUCGAUUUUCAUCAAACGCUUCUAAAAAGAUGGAAAGAAAUGAAGGAAAACUUAGGGCAUGAGCUGGAGGCUGUGUUCGAGGUCAACACCGAUCUUCAGAAGAACGUGCAGACCAGAGUAACAGCCCAGUUGACGUGGCCUUCUCUCAUAAACUCUUCACGUCACAUCCGGUUUCCGCUCACCAACACCAAAAGCUCCUCUGAGGAGGCCGUGGUUUUGGAAAACCCAGCAGACGUUCCCGUCUACGUGCAGAUCCUCCCAUUGGCUGUGUAUCCCAACCCCUCUGCCGUCGCAGAGAAACUACUUAACAGGUUCGCUUUAGGAACAUCCUCCAAAAUCAGUGCCAACACAUUGGAGUUUCAGAUUCAUAGAAACCAGACUGUCAUUAAGAGUGCCAGAGGGUUCUCGGAAGGAUUGUCAUCGCACCCUUUUGUUUACAACCUCCUGCUGUUGCCUGGAGAAGCGAAGUCCUUCACUGUGAAGUUCACUCCUGUCAGUAACCACACGGUCUCCUCCCUGCUCAUUGUCAGGAAUAACUUGACAGUGGUGGACUGUGUGCUGGCCGAAGGCCAGGGCACCAGUGAGAGCCUGCGAGUUGCUGGCAAGCCACCAGGGCCCGGGAGCUCUCUGAGGUUCAAGAUGACAGAGCCCCUGCUGAAAGACUGCUCUGAGAAAGGUAAAUCAAAAGAGCCAAACUUCACUUUGAGAAAAACAUUUAAAGUUGAAAACACGGGACAGCUUCCGAUUUCAGUCCAGUCCAUAGAAAUCAGCGGAUACGUGUGUGAGGGAUACGGAUUCAAAGUUCUCAACUGUCAAGAAUUUGCACUGAAACCAAACACUUCGAAAGAAAUUGUCAUACUGUUUACACCGGACUUCACAACCUCUCGUGUGAUCCGGGAGCUGAGGCUCCUGACUGCUGGAGGCUCAGCAUUCAUAUUCAUCCUGAAUGCCUCACUCCCCUAUCACAUGCUGGGGGUGUGUGCCGAGGCCCUGCCCAGGCCUAACUGGGAGCUGGAACUUUACAUCACCAUCUCACUAAUCAUGAGCUCCAUGUUUCUUUUGGUGAUAGCAACAGCCUACCUGGAGGCUCAGGGGAUUUGGGAGCCGUUUAAGAGGAGGUUGGGUUUCGAACCCUCCAAUGCUCACCUGGACACCGGGAGACCUUUUGAUCUCAGGGAAAUCGUACGAAUUCAAACUGAAGCAAACUUGAAUGAAUACAGUGAGCCGAACCACAGCUCGGCGCGGGGAAUGUACAGUUCCGGUAGCUCUUCUGCUCGAGGCGGGGGGAGCAGGCAAGGAGGCCCACAUCCGCACCCCUCCGGUAAUCACCGGGCCUCCGCCGAGCCGGACGGCCUCAGAUCCAAAAUCGGCGGCGGCAGGCCUCCUACGCAGCCCGGGACCAGAGCGGGGGGCGGAGGCCCGAGUUCGGAGGGGGGAGGCCGCAAGGCACGAGGCGCCAGGCAGACUCAGAGCCAGAAUCAGGCCUCGGGAUUGGUGGAGCAGCAGACCCCUGUGCCGACAGUCCCCCAACAGCCCCAGAAAGGGCACCGCCCAGAGGGCGGGACCCGCCACAGCUCUGAGGACUCGGACUACUCCAGCCUCAUAGAGACGAUGGACAAGGACCUGGAGAGGCCAGCAACGCCCCCCACGGAGGUGUUCCAGGAGCCUGAGGAGCCCCUCCCCACGCACAGCAAAGCCACAGCAGCUAAAGGGAAAGUGCAGAGGAAGUCCAAGGCUCAGAGGAAGCGGGAGGAGAAGGAGAGGAGGGCGAAGGGAAAGCCGCAGGGGGAGGAGCCCAGGGACGCUGCGAUGGACAACGAGGACAGCUCCUCCACCACCACCGAGACCUCCAACCCCGACGUGGACCUCGGCCUCAAAGAGGAACCUGUAAAGAAGAAAGGCCGGCCUCUGCCACUGGAAAAAGAGCGAGAGGACACUCCAGCGUUCAGCGCCAAACCCAGCAGCAAGAAACUUAGCAGCGCAAAGAAGGAGAGCCAAGCCGAGCUCAAGUCCAGUUCUCUGGAACUGCCCUACGUCACUCUCCUGGAAAACAAGCAGCGCAAGAACUUCACGUCUAAAAGCCUGGGGCACGCGGCGCCCCUGUCCACCGGCCCGAAAGCGAGGAGCCUGCAGAAGCAGAAAGCGUCUUGUGGGAAGCUGGAGGACUGCCGCCCCCCUCCUCUGGUGCAGUUCCUCUCCGGCAGUUUGGGACAGGACUUGGGCCACAGCAGCAGCUCAGAAGGGGAGAAAGACUCCUCACCCCCCGAAUGGGACUCCGUCCCCCUGCAUAAAUGCCACAGCUCCACAGACAGCCUGCAGCAGAUCUCCUUGCAGACUAUGAACGCAGACCCCUUCCUGAAGAGACCCAUCUCCGCCCUCUCCAGAGCCUGCUCUCCUCCCCCCGUCUCCCUGGGCCUCGUGCCCCGAGGAUCCUACAGCAGCGUGCUCAACACCAGCAGUGAGAUCAGACCACAGAAGGUCGGUGGAAACAAGAACAAGCUGAUAAAAUCGAUCUCCCUGCCCGGCAAAAAUGGGACACCUACUUUUGCUGCUGUAGCCGCUGGCUACGACAAAAGCCCAGGUGGCAGUGGUCCCGUUAAAGGAGCCAGCAGCCAGGCCGAAGCUCUGGGGAGGAUGAACCAUCCUUACACGACGCUGGUGAAGAGCAGCAGCUCAGACGGUUCUGGGUACUGGAGCCCCACUGAAAACCCCAACAUGGACUUAAAUUCCCAGAAUUCCUUCUCAGCAUUUGGACCCAAUAACUUCAAUCUGUCUAGAGUCUUCAGAAUGGCCUUCCCAAAGAGUCAGGACCCUCAGCAGAGCUGGCCUAAGCUCGGGCCUGUGUCUCCUUCCAUCUGGGAUGCCCCCAGAAACGAUCCCCUGCACUCCUGGCCUACAGCCUCGGGGUCUCCUACAGCCCCUACUGCGCCCAUUCUGAGCAACGCUGGGAGCCUCUGGUCUGCCCCCACUCCGUUCAGCAGCUCCAUCUGGUCCACCAGCAUGGACAGCAGCCUACACUCCUUAACCCCACCCACCACUGCUCCUCUCAGUGACCUGAUUGGCAGCUCAGACAAUGGGUGCCCCGUGCCAGCCCCACCUCCCGCUCCCCAGGCGGAGAUCAGGCGCACCUAUGACCCCUGGAACAUGUGGCGCCCCACCUUAAGUAGGCGCAGCUCUGAGCCCUGGCCCAACCACUCUAACCACAACAACCAAUGAGCGAUCUGAAUAGGAUUUGAGCGACAUGGACACUUUUUAAAAAUUUGUUUUUAAAACGAAAUUUUUUCCCUCUCAGCUAGUAAUACACAAUAUUUUUUUUGGGGGGGGGGGGGGUAGCCCUUAAACAGCAUCUGCAAAACACAUAUUGUACUCAUCAUACAAUUAUGUAAUGCUGCUUCUCGUAAUUUUACCUACAUUUUUCUGUGUAACCAACAGCAGCCCCCAGUUUUAAUCAAGGAAAGACUUGAUAAAUAAUAAGGACCAAUAUUGCCCUUAUAGGGAUUUUUUAAAUUAUUUUUAAAGUUUCCCCCUUUUAAGUAAUACUGCAUUGUUCUGGUAUUGUAUGAUACAGUAUUACUGUCUUUAAACAAGCACUUUGUGAAAAGUCUGGCAAUUGCUCAGAGCAUAUCUUGAUUAAACGGUUUCAAUUGUAUUAAGUGGUAUUUCAGAAACUUAGCAAGCUGUCAAUGGGCAAACUUGAAUUGUGGAUGCUGCAGUUAUUGCUGGUCUCUGUAUUAGUCAUCAUGACCCUGAAGCUCUGUGACCUUGCUAGUAAUCAGUCUUUUCAGACAAAUUGAAACUGAGACCCCCAUGGCCAAAUCUUGGAAGCAUCAUGGUAUUUCAUGUAUUUUUAUUAUUUAUUUUUUUAAAUUUUAUUUUCAAAGCCAGAUCCUGCUCACAAUAAAAAAUAAAUAAAGAGGUUUUCCACUGA